CAUGGCACACACAGUUGACGCUUCGAAGGAUCAGGAGUCCAAAGUUGAAUAGUACCUACAAUAUGUCCAAGUUCACUUGUUUGGUUUUGUGUGUUGUGGCUGUAAGCCUAAGUGGGGUUCAUGCAACUGCGGAAGAGAAAGCUGCUUUUAUAGAAGCUGUGAAGCCUUACGUACAAGAGUGCUCAAAAGAACAUGGAGUUACUCCUGAAGAUAUUAAGUCCGCCAAGGCGGCAGGCAACGCUGAUGGCAUUAACUCCUGUUUCUUAAGCUGCGUAUAUAAGAAAGCUGAAGUGAUCACCGAAAAAGGAGAAUACGACGUCGAUAAAGCCUUGGAGAAACUCAAGAAGUUCGUGAGCAACGAAGAUGAUUAUGCUAAAUUCGCAAACAUCGGAAAGAAAUGCGCUUCAGUCAACGAAAAGUCUGUAAGCGAUGGAGAAGCUGGUUGCGAGAGAGCUGCGCUGUUGACCUCAUGCUUUUUGGAACACAAGAGCGAGAAAUCAGGGCAGCCAUCCAUGAAUCCGGUGGAGCAACAGAGAUCGGGUCCACGAGUAUUAGCGCGACUUCUAGAAGCCGCACAUGGUCUAGAGCAAGCCCGAGCUUCUGUGCAAAGACUUUCGUUGCUCCGUGAUCUGUCACCUUUUUCUAACCAUGAUCGCCCUUAGAACAAUGCAAUUAUUUCUGCUGUACUGUAUCAGAUCUCCGCUUAAUUUACUUUAGUGGCGAUGCAGUCUGGCAAGAUGAAUUCUUGUUGAUUUUCUUUAAUACUUAUGAAUAAAGCAGUUUUAUUUUAUUACAC